UCAACGGCGCAAAAUCUUUUACUUUGAUUUGAUCUCACCAAAUGUUGUCAAGACAACAUUUCGUAAUAAACCCGAAACUACUUUCAUUUUCGAAACGUCACCGGAGGAGGAACAGCGGAGGCUUUUGUGGGAACCUCCACCACGAAGACUUUAGAAGUGCUUCCGGCCGUCCCUGCUCCGGGCGCUUCUUGCACAUUUUUAAGAAGAAGUGCUUCUCUUCAUGUACCUGAGUUGUUUCUGCGCUUGUUUAAGCUGUGGAACAGCAGGAAGCCUGGGUAGUUUUUUUUGUUGUUUUUUUUGCAUUUAGCCGCAGAGAAACUCGGUUUGCAGGGCCUGUACGCUGACCAGUGAUGGACCCGCUGGAUUUCCUGGAGCCUGCUGAACUGCUCACGUUUUUCCACUGUCGUAAAACAGAAAUGUCCUGCAUGGAAAACCCGCAGACCUUCCUGAACCAACUCAGGGACCACAACCUGAUACCGGAAGACAAAUACAAGACGACGAUCCGGAUGAGAAGUAAAGAUAAAAUGAGGAGAGCUGUUUAUGAAAUCUUAGACUGUCUUGAGAAAGAGAACUCGGAUCACAUCCCGCUGUUCUGGAGAUGUGUCUUCAAAGACGUCAUCAUGAACCAGUACCCCAUCCUGAAGCUGCUGCACAACAGCCUCAUGGACGGCUCUUUCCACUUUGACCCAAAACUACCUGAAAGGAGGGAAAGCGAAGAGAGCGACGAAAGGGGAAGUUCGAAGGUUUCCGAUGGCGAGGAGAAGGAAGCGAAGAGCGCCAAAAAGAAGAGGAAGCUCAGAAGCGGGAGCAGCGAAGGCGACGAUGAGCAGCCGGGCUCGUCGGCUAAACAGACUCCAGGUCAGAAGAAAAAGGCCAAGAAAAUACAUUUCUCUUCUCCAAGGAAGGGGGAGGCGGGUGAGAUCUGGACCUGGCCAAUUUAUAAGACCCAGCUGCCUGUGACCUGUGGCGAGGUGGAGGGGACACUCAUACGAGACAAGUUGUCUAAAGGUGAAAAGUGCAUCCUGGUGAACAAAAAGCGGUUCACUCCGUCUGACUUUGAGAAGCUCGCAGGGAAAGGGAGCGCCAAGAACUGGAAAUUGAGCAUCCGAUGCAAGGACACCCCUUUGGGAAAACUUAUCAAGGACGGGCACCUGAAGGCAGCGGUCUACAAAAGAAGAAUCAAACAGGCCAGAAAAUCUCUGUUUGCUGCCAGUCAUUCAAACACAGAUGAAGAAGACAGUGAGGAUGAAGAGGAAGCACAGCCUUUAAGUGAGGAAGCCUCAGGUGAAGAAACGGAAGAACAAGGCGAGCCGACUCAAGUGAACCCGGAUCAUGGCAAGACAAAGUUCAAAGUGUCCUGUGGAGCUUUAACUGGGACUUUAUACAAAUCUCGAUUCGCAUCAGGGAAAUGUGGGAAAAGUAUUCGCACCGAGUUGAGCUGGAUGAGUCCGGAGGAGUUUGUGAACACAGCGCUAAACCAGAGAGACGCCGCCUGGAGGAAGGACAUCCUGUACAAAGGGAAACCCCUCAGCGCUCUCAUAGAGGCAAAGGUCUUGAUGCUGCAUUCAUUGCUAUGCAAAUGCAAACGGUGCAAACCAAAACAUAAAGACCUGGACGAUGAGAAAAAUGAUGACGAGUGUUGCGUCUGUAAAAGUGACGGAGACGAGGACAUGGUGGAGUGUGAUCAAUGUCCGAGAUCAUUUCACCAGAACUGCCAUCUGCCUCAUAUAGACGACACAUUACUGGGGGACGACAACAAGUGGCUUUGCACAUUCUGCGUCUUUAAGCUUACCGAGGAGUGCCGCUACCCCGACGAGCAGAGAACCGAAACCAUCAUGUCCCGUCAAAUAUCUCAGCACUCGCUGGAAUGCCAGUAUCUCCUCCUCUAUCUGUGCAACGAGGAUGAGGAGCAGAUAUUUGCCACCAACCCGAGGCAGUAUCUGGAAAAUUACUGCAGUGUUAUUAAGACUCCGAUGUGGCUGGAUAAGAUCGCAGACAGACUUCAGAGGAACGAAUACCAGACUGUUGGCGAGUUUGUGUCUGACGUUCAGCUCAUUUUCACCAACUCUGCCACGUACAACAGGAACAACCCAGAAUACCUGAACAUGGGCGAACACCUGAAGCAUUUAUUUGACAGAGAAUUCAAGAAGGCCUUCAACAUCCAGGAUUAGACCAUAGACUAACGGACCACCACUUACAGACACUGGCUCUACAUAAAUAACAUUUAAAUGCUGUGCUGAUAAUUUGAUUACUCCUCAUCUAACCAGGAUGAUUUUUUUUUUCUAAUAUUCUGUUUAACUAAUGAAAGAAAAUGUUAAAAUACUACUGAAGGUAUGGCACACUAUUUGAAGAUCAUGCUGAACUGAAGUAGAGCAGAUUCUCAGUCUGAUGUUCUGUGGUCAUCGUCAUCAUGAGAGUCUUAGAGUAAACUCAGAAAAGUCUCGUCCUGCACAGUCGGGCCGAAGUUUUGAAAUCGGUUCUCGUUGUAGAAGUUAUAUGUGACGAAAAUGGSGUCAUUGUUGUUGUCAGCCUCAUGUCRUCCGCCCCUGCUUGUCACAACCCUCAUGGGGAAGUUUUUGGCUCCUCGUSAGGUGAAACUAUUGUGUGAAUUGGUCAGAAAUGCAUUGAACUAAUACACAGGACUCAACCGUCUGCUCUGAAACGUUGCUGUGCCAGUUGAGGGAACUCGGCUUGCGUCAGCCGGCUGUGAGACUCACUGUUGCAACCGGUUGGCCCACAGACUUUAAAAACAAAAAUGCACGUAAAAGUCUCUUAAUGCACGCUGGAAAGGAAAUGUAGCCAAAAGUAGCUAACACUUUAAUAUAGGAAAAAAUAAGGUAACCAAGAGUGGGUUACCUUGGGUUCAAAGCCUGGCCUGAAUGCUUGUUCUUCUCCAGAUAGUCCAAAAACAUGACUGUUAGGUCAGUUGGUCUCUUAAUUGUCCUUAGCUGUGUGUGUGCGUGUGCAUGUGCGCGUGUGUGUGUGUGUGUGGUUGUUCGUCCUGUGGGUUUCUGUGAUGGACUGGUGGUCCGUCCAGCGCGUACCCCGCCUCUUCAUUCCCUAAUAUUUCACAAAUAUUUAUCACUAUAAUAUUUAUCACUACACAAUGGAAACUCAAAUAUUUUUACACUGUGGGGGAAUAAAAUGGCGGCGUAAACCUGAGAUGUUUACAACUAGAAAUAACCAAAAGUCCAAGAUAAUCAAUUUCUUUAACACAAGAUUUUAAAGUGUUAAAACAUGGCUAGAUUAUGACAGUUUUUAGUAUUAUUUACACAUAUUUAUGGCYGUAACUUAUGAAAAUUAAGAGGAAUGCAAUGGAGGGUGCAUAUUAAUGAAAUGAUAACAGUGUGUUGUAGGGAGAUGAACUGCUGAAGUUAUCCGAAGCCUUUACCUGGUACAACGGUUCACGACAUUACGAUCGCACAACGCUGCGCAAAUCCACCCUGAGCGAAAACUAAACCUGGAUUUAACUCUCACAGAUUAAAACCAAAUUUGCACAUUUUAACAUGUUCAAAGUGGCCUGUUGAGGCCAAGUUUGUAUUUCAGCCACUUUAGAAGUUUUAUGACGUUGCUGUUCCUCUUUGUUAAAAUCCAAAUUCUGGUUAAGUACAUCGGUUGAUAAAAGUAUUACUCAGAUAAGAAUUUGAUGGUUAGGAUGUCAACCUUCAAGCUUUUAUGUAAAGAGGAAUGCAUUACAGCGAGAGGUAUGUAUUAUUAAUAUUAGUUGCAUUCAAGCAGAUGUAAUUGUGCAUAAAGCCUGAACUGCCUCCCAGGUACAAACAGAAAGCAGUUGUCAAAUGUUUAUCUCUUGAGAAACUUUUUUUUUCUUCUAAAACUAUUUGCGAAAUCUUAAUUUUCAAUGCGUUUAGCUCUGUAAACAAAAAUGACCAAGUGUUCAGCACAUUUAAGACCGUAUGUUUUUUUUWUAAAGCAAGACCAAUGCAAUUUGUAUUAAUAAUUUCUUUUUGAUGUUUUUGUAUGUUUUAUUCUUAAAUGAAUUMGUUUUUUGUUGCUUGUUUUUUUUAUUACAAUGUGGUAAAAUGUUUGAAACUGCCAAAAGGUUUACAAGUCGGCACUGACUGUGGAUGUCUUGUGAACGUUUCUGUAAUAAAUUAACCUAGAAUGUUUCCUAAA